GAUACCUUUUCAAUAUUCUCUACGUUUCAUAUAGCUUAUUUUUAGAAUACAUACGCCUCUACAUACACAUAUACAAAAUUCCGUAUAUAAAAGAAGAAAUAUCGCCUGCUUCACACAUUAUCAAUACCUAAAAGAAACAAAAAGGAGAGAUUCGAUUAAAAAAAAACUAAAAACAACAAAAGGAGAACCCCAAAUAAAGAGAAAACCUGCAAAGAAGAGGAACAAAUUCUCAAAUCAUCAUCAAUGGCCAAGAAAGUGAGAAAGCUUCACGUAUCGGUGAAGCAGAUGAGGCUCCACGGUUUACCGGUUGUUCUCGGAGGCGAAACGGCAGCAAAGAAUGUUUCUGCGAUGGUGGAGUUGAAAUGGAAAGGACCGGUCUCUGGUUUCGGAUUGGGGCUCGUCCCUUUCUAUCGGUCAAACCGACCCGUCAACCACACGACCUCUAAACCGAUUGCUUUGGGCGCAAGCCAUGUGGAAUGGGAGGAGGAGUUCGAACGGGUUUGUUGCAUUGUUGGCCCGUGGAACCUUUCCUUCACUGUCUUUUACGGGGAGACUACAGAUGCAAAAAACAAAAAGGCUAUUGUCGGAAAAGCGUCGUUGGAUUUGGCGGAGUUGGCUUCGAAACUCGAAUCAACGGUGGAGAGAACGCUUCCGAUUAGGUCAAAGGGUUUACUUUGGAAGGAAGCAACCCUUGUGGUCAACGUGACUUUUUCCGAAGUAAGAACCGAACCAGACGACUUUACACAACUCGGUCCGGUAACGGUUGACUCAGCGAUCACGACAAAUAUGCCAAGUCGUCGCGGCGGCGGCAUGGAUUUCGAUUCUUCUUCCUCACCGGCCACCGCUUCAAAUUCCGGCGCAGUCAGCCCAAUUUUAGGAACGGCGUCGAAUUCAAGCCCGGAGAACCAGUCCGAACCGGGUCAUAAAGCCGGGUUUAACUGGUGGAAGAGACGACGGUUAAGCUUUUCCAUGACCUGGAGAAGAGAACCGAGAGAGGAGGAAAGCACAACAAAGAUACCGCCGGUGACGUCGACGGAGUCAGAGAAGCCGGCGACGGAACUAUCCAUCGAGCCGAACAAAUGGGUGGCGAAGGAUCUCGCGAGCCGCGACGGAAAAUCGAAGCUGAGAUCGGAGGUCUACACGGCGUCGAUCGAUCAGAGAAGCGAACAAGCCGGCGGAGAAGCGGCUUGCGCGGCGGUCGCGGUGGUGGUGGCUCAUUGGUUCCAGGCGAAUCCUCGGCUGAUCAGUCCUUCGGGAACAGAGUUCGACUCCCUGAUCACGCAAGGAUCUUCCUUGUGGCAAUCCCUCUCCGACGAAGAGUCUUACCUGACGCUGUUCCCGGACAGACAUUUCGAUCUGGAGACGAUCGUGUCCGCGGAACUGAGGCCGGUUAGGGUUUGCACGGAUAAAUCGUUUACCGGGUUUUUCAGCCCGGAGAGGUUCGCUUCGUUGGGGGGUUUAAUGUCGUUUGAUCAGAUCUGGGACGAGGUGGAGAAAGAGGUGGCGGUUGCGUCGGAGAUCGGGGAAUCUAGGGUUUAUGUCGUGAGCUGGAACGAUCAUUUCUUUGUGGUGAAGGCAGGUUUAGAUGGGUACUGUGUGAUUGAUUCGUUAGGGGAGAGACUGUUCGAAGGGUGCAAGCAGGCGUAUAUUCUAAAGUUUGAUGAUUCGAGUUUGAUGUAUGAGAAAGAGGGGGGAGCGUCAUCCUCGGAGGAGGAGAAAUUGGUUUGUAAAGGUAAAGAGUGUUGCAGAGAGUAUAUAAAGAGGUUUCUUGCGGCGAUUCCGGUGGCGGAGUUGGCGGCGAAAGAAGAGAAAGGGGAUGUGGUUGAUGUUUCUCUUCUUCAUGAGAAACUUCAGAUUGAUUUGCAUCAUAUUAUGUUGAUUGGUGACUAGAGAUUUGUUUAGUGUAGAAAUUGUUAGGAUUGUUAGAUUAGAGAGAGUAUUUUGUGCAUAUGGUUCGUUAUAAUUCUCAGCUUAAGCAGCCAAUGUGUUGGGGGAAAAAAACAAUAAGAAGUUUCCAGUUGUCU